UAUUUUGACUUCACUUUCUCUCUUGCUCUCUUUCUAUUUGUCUGAAAACGGAGACAGAAGGGGCAGAUGAGUCGUCUUGCACCAUUAUCAGAAGAACCCGUAAACGAAGAAGACUCAGCAAACUGUUCAAAGAAAGGCUUGUCAUGGAAAAACUGGCUCAAAACCCAUUUCUCUCUUGUCUUUAACAAGAAGUCUGACCUUAAGAUUCUCUUAAGCGUUUUGGGUUGUCCUCUUUUCCCUGUUUCAAUCCUUUCCAAACCACCCAUCAAUGAGGUAUCUUCCUCAGCACAAUACAUUAUACAACAUUUUACAGCAGCAACAGGAUGCCGGAAAUCAGAAGGUAGAGUAAAGAACAUUUUUGUGACAGGAAAAGUAACAAUGACAAUGGUAGAUGAGCAAGGUGCCACAGCAGGCUCAGUGGCUGGAGUUGCACAAAAAGGCUGCUUUGUUAUGUGGCAAAUGGUACCUAAUAAAUGGCUAAUUGAACUAGUUGUGGGUGGUCACAAGGUUGUAGCAGGUAGUGAUGGCAAUGUGGCUUGGCGCCACACGCCGUGGCUAGCAUCACACGCUGCCAAAGGUGGUGUUCGUCCUCUACGGCGGGCUCUUCAGGGACUAGAUCCUAUGGCAAUAUCAGCUGUGUUUUCCUCUGCUCAGUACAUGGGAGAGAAACGAAUCUCUGGCACUGAUUGCUUUGUGUUGAAGCUAUCUGCUGAUCAAGUAGACCUGACUGAUAGGAGUGAUAACACUGCCGAGAUGAUCAAGCAUGUUAUAUUCGGCUACUUCAGCCAAAGAAGUGGGCUGCUGGUGUUUCUAGAAGACUCUUACUUGACUAGGAUUCAGUCACCCGGAACCAACCCUACAUAUUGGGAAACCACAAUGGCUACGAAAAUUGAGGACUACAGGAUAGUGGAGGAUGUCAUGAUUGCACAUUCUGGUCAAUCAAGUGUUAUCAUCACAAGAUUUGGGGACGACUUAAAGGCAGGUCUCUUGGUUACUCGCAUGGAGGAGAUAUGGACAAUUGAUGAUGUUGCAUUCAAUGUCCCUGGCCUCUCCCUGGAUUGCUUCAUUCCUCCCAAAGAAGUUCAGAAAGAUUAUCCAGAGGAGAAUUUGGAUUGGCGCUCACCCUCACCCUUGCAUCGAUGAUAAUGGCUGAUAAUCAUUGGUGCUAAUUGCUUCAACGAAGGCAUUUGAUAGUCACUCAUCUAGUCAUCUAUUUGGCUUUUGUAUAUAAAACACAUCUUCUACCAUAUAUUAUUUUUGGGUCCCGGAGUUUAGAACUCAUAGAAGGAUUUGAUAUUCAUUUAAAUGAUUAUGGAAUCAUUUUGUAUCACUUGAAAAUAUAUUUGUGCUAUUCAUAGUAGCUUUUGUGAUCUUCGGAAAUUUUGAGAAAAAUACCAGUCUCUUGUUCUGCGUUGUUAAAAUAUCAAGGAACAUAUGUUGUAUAUACUUUGCAUGUUACUGGCCAUUUCACUGUUAUU